UAAAUAUUUAAUUGAUUGUGCGCAAUAUACAGCAUGAAUUCUAUUAGACCUGUGAAAAGGCACAAGUAUGUACCUUAAAUUACAUUUUCAAGCCGGCUGGUAGCACGGCAUAGUAGAAAUGUAUAUGUUCGAAUUAAAUUUGUUGAUUUGCUCUCAGUGUUCAAUUGGACGAUCUUUGUAGAUAUUUUCAGUGGUAAUUUUUCAAGUAAAUUAAAAAAUAUUAAAUAAAACGCUAAAGAAUACUUCAAAUAUAUAACAAAGUGCUUAAAUUACAUGAAAGUAAUUGAAUUUGUAUUUAAAUUACAUGUUUUUGAUGUGACUACAAUUGGCUACAUUUGUUUGCGUAUACGCAGGAGAAAAUAAAAACCGGAAGCAAUUUUUAAGAGAGACCCACUGCGCGAGAGCAAAAAGCCAAAGCAAAAAAAAAAACACAAACAAAAACAAAACACAACAUUCCUAUAAGCAUUUCAUUAAGCCGCCGUUGUAUGCCUGUUCAUAUGUAUGUGUGAGUGUGGGAAGUAAAAUUGUCGCAAUACAAAUUCGAUUGUUGCAAAGUUGCCGAUCGUGCGUGAGUUUGAGGCUGAAAGAGCGUGCUAGCAAGAGAGUGAGAUCUGUGAAUCUGCUAUUUGUGCGUUUUGUGUCGCAGAUACAUAGUUAGUUAGAUACAUUUACCAUUGGAUGCACUUGUAUUCACUUAGUAGGUAAAAGAUGUCAAGCAUCUGCUUAUAAAAAUUGGUGUUUAGUGUAACUGCAAGUUGAGUGAAGUGAAAAUGCAUAAAAUGCUAGUUUGUAAUUGAGGAAAUGACUACUUAAAAAUGUCUAAGGUCAAGGAGGACCAUUGGUAGACUUUGGGGUCAACAAUACCCAACUACAGCAUAAACAAACGGCAAAUGCCUUAAGCAAUGACUAAGACGUCUAAUAAAAUGUCUGGUAUUACUAACAACAACAACAACAACAAUAAUAGUAAUAACAAUAUAAACAAACUGAGUGAAAAGUUUUUAAGUACAAACAAAACAAAAACGUUAGAAGCGUCGUCACACACAUUGUCAACUGGUGUCAACACCACAACAAACAACAAUAAUAAUAACAACGCCAUCUCCCAUAAUAACCCAAAAUCGAAUAAUAACAACGACUGUGACAAAAUAACACAACAGCAAUUUUCUGCUACGAUUUCGAGUAAAUUACAAGCACCACAAACCCGGCGCUCGCUGCCAGCUCCCAGUGCUGUGCAAACCUUGGCGCAACGCUCACUCCAACAGCAGCAACAGCAAAGCGUGACGACAAACUCAUCGGUAUUGCCAUCAGCCAACCCAAUUACAAAAUACUCAAACGGUGCCACAUUACCUUCACACCAGCUACAGACCAUCGCCACUGUACACCAACAUCACCCACCGCAGCAACAGCAACAGCACACGGCCGAGCCGACGACAACUGGAACAACAACUGUUGGCAUUUCAUCGGACGCGCAGCAACAACAAUCACACCCAAAAUCCUUGAAUAGCGCAAAGGAUAAGCGUCCUCACAACCAUAACCACCACCAGCAACACCAACACCACCCACAGCACCAACCACACCAUCACAGCCAACAACAACAGCAGCAAACAGUUUCGAAACAUUUGACUGGCGAGAUUGAAGGCACUUCGUCCAUUAUUAACGGUAUCACUUUACAGCAGCAACGAAACGCCUACAAUCUGCAGGCGUUGAAAGCUGCCAAUCAUUUGAAGGCGCCAGCACAUUCCAUACCGCCACGCUAUCAACCACCACCCCAACCGGCUGGCAACCAGGCGGGCAUAUUGAAGCACAUAAACACACUGCGCAGCGGCGGAGCAGAGAGUGCCGAGACCUUCGGCCAGCGACAGUCGGCGACGGGCGGCAGCAAACAGCUUGCGUCCGCGAAUUUCGAUACUACGCAUUUCAAUCUUAAAUAUCCGCCAGACAUACCACAAUUGUCGCCUGUCUAUAUACCGGACUCGCUGAAAUUAAACAGUGGCAGUGCUCGUUACUUGCCAACGCAACAGACAUCGCUUGCACAGCGUCAAACUGCGCGGCUUGCUGGUGGUGCCACGAAUCCGCAAUAUUUCUAUAAUACGCAACAACACCAACAGCAGUAUCGGCAACAACAAGCGGAACAGCAGCAACAACAACAACAACAGCAUCAACAAGAUAUGCUUAAGUUUGUGCGUAAAAGUGAUCAGGACCAUCCAUCACCAAAUGCUUCGAUCACCUCCAGUGCCGCUGCUGUGCCGACAGGCACCACUCGUCUUACCGCCGAACAGAAUCGGCAAUUGCAGGGUCUCAUUAACGAACUACGCGUCUUAAAGGAACAGAAUCAACGUUUACUCGAUGACAAUCAGGAAUUGCGCGACUUGUGUUGCUUUCUAGAUGACGAUCGUCAAAAGGGCCGGAAGCUUGCUCGAGAAUGGCAGCGUUUUGGCAGAUAUACAGCCAGUGUGAUGAGACAGGAGGUGGCAGCAUAUCAGCACAAGCUACGACAACUCGACGACAAACAACAAGAACUAAUUACCGAUAAUCUGGAACUGAAGGAGUUGUGCCUGUACUUGGACGAGGAACGCACACAUAUUGCGGCGAAUGCACUCUGUGCCAAUUGUGGCAGCUCGGUACGCAAUCCGUUACGGGAUGAUGGUGAUGGCAGUAGUUCGAGCACAAAUGCAGAAGAAACAUUAUCGGCGUUAAGGAACUAUGAGCGCCAAAUGCCCGAAGCAACGCUACGUACAACGCUAAGUGAUCAGACCGUCCAAUACGUACGCUCGUUGGAACGACGCAUACGACAAUUGGAAGAGGAACGUGUUGGUACAACAACACCGACAUCCAAUAUCCUAGCGACACAGCAUAACCAAACGCAAGCACCAACACCGCAAACACAGCAACAUCAACAACAACAACAGCAACAGUCGCAACAACAACCAGCACAAAAUCCACUAAUCGAUCCGAUAUCGAGUCGACCCGAAGCUGUAGUGCGUGCUCUCCAAGUACUCGAGGUACGCGAGCAAUUGGAACGAGAUCGUCUCAGUGGACUCAUUGAGAACUCAAGAGACCAAAUGGAUGACGGCGAAAAGGCUUUGGUGCGUGAAAUGUGUAAUGUAGUGUGGCGUAAACUCGAAAGUAAUGUGCCGAACGUGUCGAGUAGUAUGUAAUAAUGUUAACAGAAAAAGUAAGAUGAAGAAGUAGAAGAAAAUAUUGCCAAUUUCAAUCAUUAAAUGAUUCACUAAUAUUCACAUGCACAUACACAUCUACAAAAGUAUAAAGCAUAUGCUAUUGUCCUGGAAGGGUUUGAUAGAGAACUCUCAUACAUCACAACUUAUUACAUACAUUAUUUAUAUACAAACAUACUAAUGUACGUACAUAUAUUAUGAAAUAAUAAAGCGUGUUUUUUUUUUUAAAUAUGCAAACAAUUGGUAACGGUUUUUAAUUAAUAUGUAUUGAUGCUUGAAUUUUUAUGCCCUGAACAGGUUAUACACAGUUUGGCACAAAGUUUAGUAGCUCAGUUUUUGAGAUUUAGAGCUGAAAUUUUGCACACAUCCUUUUCUCUCCAAGAAGCUGCUCCUGUGUCGAUAUCGCCGGUAUAUCUCUACUACUAUAUAAUAUAGCUGCAAUACAAACUGAUCGAUCAAAAUCAAGGCCUUAUAUGAAAAACUUUUUUAUUUGAAAAGACAUCUUCACGAAAUUUGACAUAGAUUAUUGUGAAAGGUAGCGCUACAAUCUCCAAACAAAUUGUUCAGAUCACACCGCUAUAGCAUAUAGCUGCCAUUCAAA